AUGGAGGAAGAAGAAGGACCGUGCAGCUCCACAAACGCCACCCAGGUGAAAGCCCCUGUGGAGAGGGAAGAAAAAACAGAAGUUGAAGAAGACGACAAACUGUCGCUUCUCACCUGGAAUAUUGAUGGACUGGAUGGAGAGGAGCAGCCACAGAGAGCCAGAGGGCUCUGUUCAUACAUCCUGGAAUAUUCUCCCGAUGUGGUGCUUCUGCAAGAGAUGGUCCAGCCCUACAUUCGCUUCAUGCACAAACGACUGGCCACCAACUACACUUUCAUUGAGGGGGGUGAGAUCGGUUACUUCACCACAAUGCUCCUGAAGAAGACUCGCGUAACACUGCUGGACAGUAAGAUACUUCCUUUUCGGUACAGUCGCAUGAUGAGGAACCUGCUCAUUGCUCAGGUGAUGUUCAGGGGUCAAAAGGUCUGUUUGAUGACAUCUCACUUUGAGAGCUGUAAAGAUAACUCAGGGGAGCGGAUGAGGCAGUUCAACGCAGUAAUAAAACGGAUGAGUAUGGCUCCUGAUGACUUUACAGUGCUGUUUGGAGGAGAUACCAACCUGCGAGACUAUGAGGUAGCCACAGUGGAAAUUCCUGUAAGUAUCUGUGACCUUUGGGAGCAGCUGGGAGAGCCAGAAAAGUGUCGCUACACCUGGGACACCUGGGCCAACACAAACAAGGAGAUGCGCUUCAAAAAUCGCCUUCGCUUUGACCGAGUAUACCUGCGGCGGGCUGUCAAAGACGGGGUCCCACGCAUGGAACCCCACAGCAUGGCUUUAGUCGGGCUGGAGAGGCUUAAGUGUGGCCGAUACACCAGUGACCAUUGGGGAAUCUACUGCACUUUCUCCUUUGAGUAA